AUGAGCGAAGCGGUACAACUACCAGAAUUUAACACAGCGCUGUCCUUCAGUGACGACAACCUGCCCGAUAUGGGCGCACGAACGGAACUGUAUCGGGAACUCAAGCAGCUGGAUUUGCUCGAGAACCUGGCUGAGCUGGAUUUCUACGGCUUUACGGUGAUCCCGCCUGAAAAGGUCGGGCCGGCAGCGUUUCACGCAAAGAUGAAGAAAGCGUUGAUCGAAGUCAUUGAAGCGCGUUUUGGUAAGCUCAAGAAGGAUGGCACAAGCUGGCAGGGUGCAAAUCAGAUCCUGCGCCUGAUCCUCUGGGAAAAUCAGGUCUUUGAAGAGCUGCUCAUGAAUCCAGCUGGCCUGGGUCUAAUCCAGUCGGUGCUCGGCCACAACUGCAUUCUUUCGCUGUUUGACGGCUGGGUGAAGGGGCCUGGUGACGAGCGCACACCCAUUCACCCGGACCAUUGGGACUUCAACCGACCCACAUUUCCGCCCGAGCCAAUGAGCUGCAACUUUAAUUACCUGGUAACCGAUUACACCAUUGAAGACGGCCCGCUGUCGUUUGUGCCCGGCAGUCACAAGUGGCAUCGCAGACCCUCCCCUCAGGAGGUUGAGCAUUGGGCGGAUCGAGCCCACGCGGUUGUGGCGCCGGCCGGCUCGAUGGUGAUCUGGGGUGACCUGACCUGGCACGGGUCGCUGCCGCGCAAGAACGCCGGCGAGCGGAUGAUGAUUCUAGGCACCUAUAGCCGCAGCUACCUGCAGACCCAGGAGCCUUUCCGGCAGACCGUCACCCAGGAAGCGCUGGCUCGAAAUCCAAUACGCUUUGCCGGUCUGAUGGAUGUAUACGCGCCAUUUCCGUUUGGCAAAAACGACAUCGAUGCAGAGCGCGCCAUGACCAACGUCAACAAUGGUGCAGCGGAUAUGGCGCCCUAUCGUAGCCUGUUUGAUCGUGAGCCUGCGGGUGACAAGGUAACGCUGCGCCCGGACUAUGCGUAUGAGUCCUUCGACCGCGAAGGUGAGGCUAUGGACUUUGAUGCCCAGGACAAUGUCCUCAAACGCCCGGAGCACCGGGGAACCAAAUUCUACGAGCCCUUGGUGAAGCUGGGCCUGCAGCCGUAUGUCGCCGAACUGGAGGCGGUUGGUUAUACGGUGAUACCACCGGAAAAAGUUGCCCCGCCGGAGUUUCUGGAGCGGAUUCGCAGCGCGGUGCUACGUAUCGCUUCACAGCGCCAUGGUGUUGAGUUUCGUCCAGACGAGAAUCCAGACCUCGAGGUUAACGCCGGCGUGCCGAACUCGGUGUAUGACUUUUACCUGAUGUUUGAAGACGAGGUGUUCGAGGAAUGGCUGGAGAACGAAACCCUUGGCGCCCUCGUCGACUACGCCAUGGUGGGCCAGGGGCAGCUUUCCAGUAUGAGUUCAAUCCUGAAAUGGAAAGGCGGUACCUACGGGCCCGGGUUGGGCCUGCACAGUGAUGCUUCAGGCUCUCCCGAAGGUCGCUUGUCAGCGGGCUACAACACCAUCUGCAAUGGUGCCUAUUGCCUGUCUGAUUACUCCGAAGCGGGCGGGGCGAUCGCCAUGGUCCCGGGCAGCCAUCGUCUUGGUCGGCAACCCAUCAAGGGUGAAGGUGUAGAAGGUGCGGUUCCGGUCGAAGCACCAGCGGGUUCGCUGAUCUUCUGGCAGGCGAACAUGUGGCAUGGCGCCUAUCCACGUACGAUCGAUGGGCUGCGCAUGACGAUCACUAACUUUUUCUGUCAUCGCGCUUUCAAGACUCAGGAAAGAUAUCAGACGGCAGUGCCCGACGAGAUGCUGGCGCGCCACAGCGAGCGGUUUGCCCGCUUUCUCGGUGCCGAUGACUUCUAUGGUUGGGGUAAAGAAGGUCUGACCCUGGCGGGUAUUGUUUCCCGGCGACUUAAAGAUGAGGUGCGGUUGUCCGUGUUUGAACGGGCACCUGUCGAUCGAGAUCAAGGGUACGGCCUGGAUCUCGAUAAGAACGGCCAGGAGGCAUUGGCCCGUGCGGGGGUAUAUCACCGCUAUUGGGAGAUAUCACGUCCGCACUCGGACAGCAUGGCACUUUUCCCGCUCAAAGGCUCUGAGACACUCGGCGUGCUUUUCCGGCGAGCUCGAAUGCGGCGUUGGUUGCCCUCCUUGUUUGCAGCACGCCCCGAGACCAACCGAGGUGCGCUAAGAGAUGUUCUGCUUGAGGGGGUCUCAAAAAACAAGAAUGCCGACGUACAUUUUGAUACGCCGGUGCAUGACCUGAUUAAAACCUCCGGUGGGAUCAAACUGGUCAGCCGGGAUGACAAACCACUCGGCGAAUAUGAUUUGGUUGUCGACGCCAUGGGUUUGCAUUCCCCGCUCAGACACUAUCGCGUGAUAGAUGUCGAAGGUGGUAAACAACGCACUGGAGCCAUUCUGAUUCACGGCGUCAUCAAUGAUCCGGACGCGAGUGGUAGCCCCGAACUUAAAUCCCGGUUGCAGAAGUUUGGCAGUAUCACAGCAGUGGGUCGUGGCUACAUUGUUGCCAUGCAGCGAUUUGGCGCGGGCAGCGAAGACAACCGCACAAGCUUCUUCUACUUACUACAUCAUCUUUCGAGUGAAUCUGAACUCUUUGCCGACAUUGGCAUAGAACCGCCAGAUUCCCGCGACACGGGCAUCAUGCGCGACGAGCGUCUGGACCAGGUUAAAAGAUGGGUCAAGGCGGACAUGGGUGAUCACUUCGACCCAGUGUGGCAUAGCGCUGUGGAUAGCCUGGACCGUGUCACUAUCCGCGACGAGAUCACCCAUGGCAAAACCUCACUGCGUGAAAAAACCACAAUGCCCAUCGUCUGCAUCGGUGUUGGGCGCUGGCGUUGGCAAAGCCUGCGUUGGCUGCGUUUGGAUCGUACACCCGUCGAGCGUAUCGGCAGGAAGGUAAAAGUGAAUCAUGAUGAGAAUUUAUCAACCUCUGACGAUCUUACCCAGUAUAAGGAUGCACUCGACAGAGAAGGGUUGGUGGUGCUGCCACCUGAAGUGACAGGGGUUUCCAUGGCGUCCAUCGAGCGGUGCGGCGAGGCGUUACUGAAGCGUUUCCAGGAAGAAACGGGCUGUGAGAUCAACAUAGAAGAAGGGCCACUUGGCAAUGUUGAGUGGCCACAAAACAUCCGGUCUGGUUUUCUCAGUAAUCCCGAUCAGGUCGGAUUUGCGAAGCUGCUGGCCUGUGAUCGUGGUUUCCGGGAUCUGACCGUAAACCCGGUGGUUGAUGCGUUGAUUGAUCAUCUGAUGGGUCGGAUGCCGCUGAGUCGAAAGCACCCCGCCGGGCAGAAAACGCGCCGCUUCAGUAGCGCCCAGGGUCUUCUAAAAUGGCAGGGUGAAUCAGGCUAUGGGGCGUCGCUGGGGUUGCACAGCGACCAGGGCGCAUUGGGUAUCUUUGCACCGCCCAGACCGUAUUGUACGGCAGCGGCCACGACUGCCUUCGCCGCUAAUGCCACCUGGUGUCUUACCGACUACACCAAAGAGGGCGGCGCACUCGCUUAUGUGCUCGGCUCCCACAGAAUCGACCACGAACCAGGACCCGAGGCUGCACGCGACGCGGUCGCGGUUGAAGCGCCGCGCGGUUCGGCCGUUGUCUUUCAUGGAGCCACCUGGCAUGGCGCAUUCCCACGUCUGCUGCCUGGCGUUCGCCUGACCUACGUCGCCUACUAUCGGCACGCCUCGGUUCACAGCCAGGAGAAUUUCAAGAUUACCAUGCAGGAUGGUGCAUGGAGCGACUGUGAUGAUCCAGACGUUAUGCGCGAGUUGCUCGGUUUGGACGACAUGUUUCCGUACACGGUAGCCGAACGUGGAGACAAUGGCCUCGAGGUGUCCCAAUGCGGCAUGGGGGUAAUGAGUAUCACCGCGUACUACGGGGAUCCAAUUCCCGAUGAGGAUGCCAUUGAACUGCUGCAGAAGUCGGUCGAGUUCGGUUGCACGUUUUUCGAUACCGCCGAGGCAUACGUUGCCGAGCAUCCGGUCACGAAGGAACUUCUGUGGAACGAAGAGAUCCUUGGUAAAGCCGUGGCAACCAUCGGCCGCGACAAGGUCGAGAUCGGCACCAAAUUCGGUGGACAGUCAGCGGUGACCGGUCCGGCCAGCGGCGAGCAUUUGAAGCGAGCCUGCCAUGCUUCGCUCAAGCGUCUGCAAACUGAUUACAUCGACAUGUACUACCUGCACCGGGUUGAUCCGAAUGUGCCGAUCGAGGAGACCGUAGCGACCAUGGCCGAGCUCGUGAAGGAAGGCGCGGUGCGGCAUAUCGGACUGAGUGAAGCUGCCCCGGAUAUUAUUCGGCGUGCCCACGCGAUCCACCCAAUCGCCUGCGUGCAGCAGGAGUGGUCACUCUAUACCCGAGACCUGGAGGAGGACAUCGUCCCGGUUUGCCGGGAGCUGGGGAUUGGCAUCGUCCCUUACUCACCGCUGGGGCGCGGCUUUUUGAGUGAUGAUAUGGUGGCGCCAACAGAUGAUGCCCGGCAAUACUUUCCCAGGCUGACCGGAGAUGCUUUUGCAGCCAACAAAGCAUUGCGCGCCAAAGUGGAAGCGUUGGCAGAAGCUAAAGGCUGCCACACGGCACAACUUGCUCUGGCCUGGCUCUGGGCGCAGGGGCAGAAGCUUGGCGUGAACGUGGUGCCAAUUCCCGGUACGACCAAGAUCAGGAAUCUUCAGAGCAACUGUCAAGCAGUGGAAGUAAGCAUAUCGGAUGCUGAGCUCGUUGAAUUGUCCGGUGUCUUCGACAGCGUCGUCGGCGAGCGGGGUUUCGAGCAGUACAUGGACAGCACCUACCGGGCGUCGUUGAGCCUGUCAGCCCACCUGACGUUUAACACUAAACUGAGCUACUGGUUCGGGCAGCUUGCGGAGGGAUUGUUCAACAGUAUCUUCGGAAUUCUGCUGCUGUUCUAUUUCAAUCAGGUUCUGGGGGUGUCUGCCAGCUUGUGUGGCCUCGCGCUCAUGAUCGGCACCCUGGUGGAUGCCUUUACCGAUCCGAUGAUGGGCACGAUCUCAGACAACUGCACAUCGAAGCUCGGUAGGCGGCAUCCGUUCAUGUACGCGUCGGCUUUGCCGGCCGCCCUCUGCUUAUGGCUGUUGUUCGUCCCACCUGUGCAGGGCGAGUGGCAGCUGUUUGCCUGGCUGACGGGUUUUGUGGUGCUGGCGAAGCUGGGUAUGACCCUUUACCACGUUCCCCAUCUGGCGCUGGGCGCGGAACUGACGCAGGACCACGAUGAACGCACGCGUAUCGUUGCGUUUCGCAUGCUGUUUGGCGUCGCCGGCUGGAUUCUCGUUACCAUCGGAUUUGCCACUUUCUUUGCAGCCACACCGGAAUACGCUAAUGGGCAGCUCAAUCCGGCAAACUAUCCUACGUUUAUUGCGCUCGCGGCAGCGGGUGUUUUCAUUUCCAUUGUCGUCACGUCGCUGGGUACUCAAGGCAUCGUCCCGCACCUUCCCAGGGCGCAGUCGAAUACAGCGAAGAAACGUACCCAGGUGUUUCUUGAUCUACGCACAGCAUUUCGUAACGACUCUUUUCGGUGGCUGAUCAUCUCCUUCGUCUCCGCCACUAUUCCGGCUGGCAUCGGCGGUGCCUUCGCGCUCUACGUCAAUACCUUUUACUGGGAGCUGACACCCAGCCAGCUGCCGGUAGUCAUGAUGGCGCAGUUUCUAGCGACGCUGGUCGGGUAUGCCAUUGCACCUGUGUUGGGCAGGGGGCGGGAAAAGCGCACCGUGCUGGUAUGGGGGGUUGGUCUGUGGGCUGCAGCAACCGUGGUGCCUUUCCUGCUGCGCUUCGCUGGCAUGUUUCCGGCCCCGGGGUCGGAUGCAGCGCUUGUUCUGCUGGUGGCGUUCCAAUUGCUUGCCGGUGCCGGUAUCGCGCAGCUUGUCGUCGCUGUCAGCAGCAUGAUGGCAGAUGUGGCUGAUGAGCAUGCGCUGGUCGAUGGGCGGCGUAACGAAGGCGUGUUUUUUGGUGCGUUUGCUGUCUGCACCAAGGCCACCGCGGGUGUCGGUAUUGCGAUAGGCGGGGUGCUGCUCGAUGUCAUCGCCUGGCCUACGGGCGAUACCAUUCGUACAGCAGCAGACGUGCCGCCGGAAACGCUCACCUACCUUGCCAUUCUGGCCGGUCCCGUGGUGGCCAGCGCCGCCGUGCCUUUCUUCUACUGUAUCCGGUAUUACAGGAUUGAUCGCAAGCGUCAUGCCUCCAUCCGCCAGGCGUUGGCUCAGACGGCACAGAUCACGCUCUGGGGAAGAGCGUCUUCCUGUAACGUGCAGAAAGUGUUGUGGACGCUGGAAGAGCUGUCGCUGCCCUACAAACAUGUCCCGAGCGGCGGCGAUUCUGGUGGGCUCGACGACCCUGCCUAUCUUGCGAUGAACCCCAAUGGCCGGGUCCCCACCUUGCAGGACGGUGACCUGGUGCUGUGGGAAAGUGAUGCCAUUGUCCGUUACCUCGCGAUGCGCUACGGAUUCGGAAACCUGUGGCCAGAAGACGUUUGCAAACGUGCUCACGCGGAUCAGUGGAUGACGUGGGGUACCGUGGAGUUAAUUCCCGACUGGAUUGCGCUGUUCUGGCGUCUCGUGCGCACGCCGGUAGAAAACCGUGAUGCGGCUGUUAUCGCCCGGCACCUCGAUGCCACGUGCAGACGCAUGCGUCUGCUCGAUCGGCAUCUAGACCAUCGCCCCUACCUCGCUGGCGAUAGUUUUACGGUGGCAGACAUUCCUGCGGGCAUGACGCUCUACCGUUGGUACGCGAUGGACAUUGAGCGGCCGCAGACGCCUCGGCUGGAUGAGUGGUAUGCGCAACUCUGUGAUCGAGAGUUUCUGAUGACCCAGGUUGUGGAGCUAAGUCUUCAACGGCUGCCCGCAUGGUUGAUGUGGCUCUGGGUGCUGCUACCCAUGACGCAGGCUAUCGCAGACGCGCCCCAUCGCAAUGUGUACUUUGGUGACUUACAUGUGCAUACGAUGUACUCAGCGGAUGCCUAUAGUUAUGGCGCGCGUACCGGUCCGGAUGAAGCCUACGAGUUCGCCAAAGGAGCGGCUCUGCGUCACCCGUCCGGCCAGAUUAUCCGCAUGCGCGGCGCGCCCUUGGACUUCCUGGCGGUCACCGAUCACGCCGAGUACAUGGGCAACGUCACCGCCCUCGAAAACCCCGACCACCCUCAAGCCGAUUCGGAGCUGACUGCGGCGAGUGAUGACUCGAUCCUGUGGAAUGUAUUUGCGAGUUUCGGCAGGGCGAUCCAGAGCGGCGAAAUCGAUCCCAGACUCGAGGAUGAAAAAAUACGUCGUGACACCUGGCAACGAAUCGUCGAGGCCGCUGAACGGCAUUACGAUCCCGGUCGCUUUACGACAUUUGUCGGCUAUGAAUAUAGCCCCUCGCCAACGGGCAUGCUGCAUCGUAAUGUCAUCUUCAAGGGCGCUCGUGUGCCGGAGUUGCCAUUCGGCGCAACCGAUUCGGUAAAUCCAGAAGACCUGUGGGCGUGGCUUGACCGGUUGCGGGCAGAAGGCAUCGAGGCGCUGGCGAUUCCUCACAACACCAACCUGAGCCGUGGAACGUAUUUUCAGACCAUCAAUUUUGCUGGCAAACCCAUUGAUGAGGAAUAUGCCCAAGCCCGCAUGCGCAACGAGCCGAUCGUCGAAAUCACUCAGGUGAAGGGUACUUCCGAGACCCAUCCGCUGCUCUCGCCGAACGACGAGUGGGCUGGCUUUGAAGCGUUGACGCCAGUGGGUGAAGUCACGCGAAAGUCCGUUCAGGGGGGCUAUGCGCGCGAUGCUCUGUUGACUGGGCUGCAGUUACAGCAAAUGGAAGGAUUCAAUCCCUAUCAGUUUGGAUUCAUUGGCUCAAGUGACACGCACAAUACGGGUGCCGCCUAUGAGGAAGCAAACUAUCACGGCAAAAUAGGCAACCUUGACGGACGCGCUGAGUGGCGCCUGGUCGAGCCUGCCGAGGACGCUGCCCCGAUUGAACACCUUCGUGAGCGCGCGUUCAAUUGGAGCGCGUCGGGCCUUGCCGCGGUCUGGGCCGAAGCCAACACUCGUGAGGCCAUUUACGCCGCAUUCCGACGCAAGGAAACCUUUGCCACCAGCGGUACGCGAAUCCGAGUCAAGUUCUUCGCCGGUUACGAUUUUGACACGGUGGACCAUGCCCAGCUCUACGCGACUGGCGUUGCGAUGGGUAGCGAGCUGCAAGCGCAUGUUCGCGGAUCGCCGCGUUUUUUCGCCUGGGCAAUGCGCGAUCCUUCGAGUGCGUGGCUGCAACGCCUGCAGAUUGUCAAAGGCUGGCUCGACGCUGGCGGCGAGCAACAUGAGCGGGUUUACGACGUUGCCUGCGGUGACGGUUCUGCGCCCAGCCCGGACACCCAUCGUUGUGCGGACAACGGCGCUGGCGUCGAUCUCGCUACGUGUCGGUUCGAUCACGACAAGGGCGCGGUUGAAAUGAAGGUGGCCUGGAUGGACCCGGAAUUUGAACCCACACAACGCGCUUUCUAUUACCUCCGUGUACUGGAGAACCCGACGUGUAGAUGGUCGAGCUGGGAUGCGUUGCGGUUGGGGAUCCCCUUGCGUGUAGAUAGGGACGCCACCCUGCAGGAGCGAGCCUGGUCGAUUCACAUGCGACUGAAUGAAAUUACCGUUGAUGACACCGCAGAGAGCUGGACGGCUAUGGGCUUUACUGUUCUGGAUGGCUAUGUGCCGAUUGGACGCAGCCUUCGGUUCAAGCUCACAGGCGGCACGGGACGUGGCGUUCUCGACUACACCUUUGGCGAUGCCGGACGAAAGGCGUCCCAAUCCCUUGAUAUCAACGGGCUCAAGACAUCGAUAACAGGUCUGCCGGAUUACCUUUCCGCGCCUGUUGUGAAGCACCCCAAUGGCGUCGUUGGCUCGAUGAAAACGGUGAUUCUGGCGAACAGUGCUGAUGCCACCACAGCGCAACUGCUGGCGUUGAUGCCCGAACUGGGCCAACCGGCAUUAUCGAACACGUCCGAGACUGGCAUACGCUACGACUACUGGACAAAACUGGAUGAAACCCACUUCGAAGUCAUCAGCAUGAAAGAUGAAGUAGUGAGAGAUUCGGUGGCGGUGAUUUUUCUUUUUGUUGAUGACCUGGAUGCCGCCAUUGCCACCUUUGGUGAGACAAAUGUCAGUGCGAAAUCGGUGUAUGACGGGCGCGAUACGGUGCAGGUUCUGCCUGCAUCCGGCAUCAGCGCGAGCCUGCGGCUGAUCACGCAGACGAAGAACGAUUCGGAGCCGGAGGCAUAG